AUGGACCAGAUCCGGCGAGGGCCCCGAGGGGUAAUGGACUCCUUCGACAGUCAACAAGGGGUCCAGCGCAGGUUUACUAAUGAAGCUAUUUUCGUAGGCGUCAAACAUGCUGAUAAUCGCUGCUCACUUGGGACGCCAACACCAACGGUUUUGCACCCAAUGGCCCCCAAAAUAGUCCAAGAAAACGUGGCCCGAGGUUUCGAACAAGGUUCUGUGGAAGAUGCAUGCAUCCGAAAGCCUCGACCAUGUUACACCACUUGUAAUGGAGCAAGAAUACCGCGGCGUACACGUGCCAAACACCCCCGUGGCGCACUUGACAUUUCCCAAAGCUGCAUCCCGCCUCACCAAGGGCACGAGAUCCGUGUAACACGCUUGUGGAGCCUCAUAAAGGACAGCCUGGAGGCGGUCUGCAAGUGGCUUGUUCGUCACACUGUCGGUUCGGCAAACCCUCACUUUCUUGAAUCUGUUGGAGGCUUUCGCCGAGGUGGCUGUAUCGCUGGUAUUACCAUGGAACCUCCUCUGGUCGUCACAGUCAUGCCAUAUCUGAACAAAGCAAUCAGCGAUAUGCCCCACUCGGUGAAGCUCCAAACAUCAGACCUCGGUGUCUUGUCAAGCAUGUCAACCUGCGACGCUAUGAGGCAGCCUGUUGAGCCAGAUGGUGUGCAGGAAGACCGAUUAAGAGAUGUUUCUUCGCCGGAUGUUUGCCAUGGGCGGCUAUCAACGGAUGGUCAUUGCAGCAGUUCACAUCAGGCAGGAACAGAUAUAUCGCCGUUUCCGUCUCUGGGAGUGAAGUCUGCCUUGCUGAAGGCCAACCAGUCAUAUGGCCGGACGGGUAGGGUAAACGGCACACUCCAGAAGAGGAGAACCUACACUAGCGGGUUCUGGAUGGUGAUGAGAUUGUCACAUCAAUAUUCAAGUUGCACGGACGGCAAGUGA